AUGUCGCUCUCCAAACCGUCAAAAGAACCAACUCCCCCGCCGACGCCCCCAAGCGAGCCCCAGGCGACCGACAUCCCGCUCCCUGAGUCGCCUUUAGUCCUUCCGCCCGCCGGCUCUCCAUUCUGGACUACUGUCGCAGCCCAAGAGAUCCACCACCUUGGUGACAUCAUCGACGACAAGAUUCAGGACAAUCCCAACUCCGUGAGCGACGUCGACAACACAACCAACUCGAUGCAGGAAUCUUCAACUGAAGAGCGCAGCCUCACGCCCCCAGCCGAAGCCCGUGAGGACCAUCAACUUGUCGACCUCGGCGAUAAGAACACCGAUGACAAGCCCACUGCCAUGGACGACGUCGACAACACAACCACGAACUCCAAGCGCAACUCCAUGUCCACCAGCCAAGACCAAGAGCGCCGCAGUCUUACCCCUCCACUCGACCAAGUCAUGAACGAACCUUCAGAGCCCGAGCCCGAGCCUGAGGCUCUGCGCACCCUUCCAAAGGCAAAGAUCCCAGACAUGCUCGCACAACUGAGCCAAAGGAUUACCGACCUCGAAGCCGCUGAAGACGCCCAGAACAACGGCACUUGCUCUACCUCUAGACUUCUGGAGACCCAACAAAGACUUCGUGACGCUACUUCUUCUCUUCUCUUGGAUGCACUGGCUGUUGCUUCUGUUGUUAUGGCUGAGGAAGGAGGAGAAGACACUGAGGCGUCGGUGGCGUCGGUCAAUCCAGCCCUGGUCCCGCUCCCGUCUGAUGAUGUGAAUGAAGACGGUCUUGAGUCGGGGCCGGAGGAGUACAUCGAGGAUUUCCUGCUGCCGUCGCUCGCCAGUAGAGCUGGAGAUUACCUUGAAACCGUCCACUACGAGGAUGGCAACCACGAAGAGGAAGCGCUCCAGUAUCCAGGUCCGACUGGCAUUCAAGUUCCUUUCCCGCCUUCGUUGUCUGAAUAUGAUGUGGAACUGGAACUUGAAGAGCAAAAUUCCCCCAGCCUUGUUCCCACGUUCAUCGCCGACAACCUCAAAGCCCAAAACAAAGACCAUCAACACCUCCCCGACAUAAUCCCCACGUGCACUUCCUACGACGACAUGGACUGGAGCGAUCUCCUCCCUGCCCGUGCCGCUCCCGAAGACAGUUCUCAGGCAACGAGCUCAGACUCUAAAUCAUCGCUUGCCGUUCAACUCGAUCCAGCUGACGUCCCACUGCCCGAGGACGACCCCUUUGACGUUCCAUUGGCGCUCCAUGGGCAUGAUGAUGGUUCUGGGCUUCCGGAUUAUUCGGACCUUGAAGCCUUGGGAGAUCAUGGAGAGAUUGGAGACCAUGGAGAUCUUGUUCUAGGGGAUGAUGAAAGUGACAGUUCGCAGUUAUUCGUUGAUGACGGGAGCCCACUGCCACAUUGGAGGACGUUUCUUGUCACUACGUCGUCGGAAGAUAAGCUCGAGGCGAGUCCGGAGGAGGCACAGGUUAAGUCUGAUGCCCAUGCCGAUGUCGAGGCCGAUGCCGGCAAUGCUGCCGAUGCUGCUGAUGACAAGCAAGCCGAAUGCCUUCUUCAGGAGAUGGUUACAGGAGAAAAGAGACCGAGCAAGGAAGAAAAGGGCAAGGGAAAGGCAGAGCAACAGGACCACGACAACCACGACAGCCAUCCGUCCUCUUCCAUCUCUCCCUGCGCUCAGGUUGUACCGCCGGCACUCAACCUGUCCCAACAGAUUGUCAACACCGAGUAUGAGGCUCAACAGCAGCAACAGCAACAGGAGCCAGAGCAGAUGGUCUCGGUCUCUCCUCGGUCGCCGCAAGUGUCGCCGUAUUCUCCGGCGGCGAUGGCUCCUGUAGCUUUGUUGGCACCGCCUAUCGCACCGGUCGCGCCAAUGGGAUCUAUCUUGCCGGAUCAGCAUAUGGGAACUGAUCAGCUCCCACCUCCCCAACCAGUGGUAGUCCCCGAACUACAACAACCCGAAGCCGCCCCUUGCCCUGGAGGUGGUACUCAAGGCCAGCCGACCACCCCUCCGACUGCCACUGUCUAUGUCGAUGUCGACAAAGCGACAGAACAUGAACCCAAAGACGAUCGUUACUCCCCACUACCCGCUUCUUCAUCCCCUUUACUCUCCCGCUCGUCGCCAUACAGAGUUUCCAAAUCUUCGCAGCCGCAGCCGCGAGAGUCGCUGCUGCACUCGGUGCCAUAUACCCCAGCGGUAGUGCCUUGGGAUGAACAGAGGGAUCUACGUCUGCUUCCUCCGCUUCCAGAGCCUGAGCGCCUCCCGACGUACACGCGGAUUUCGAAGACGACGGAUAACUCGAGGGUUAUGCCGAUGUGGUUUGAGGGGUUUAGUGCUCAAGAAUGGUUCCUAAUCGAGCCCGCCGCCAACCUCUUCUACCGCCGCAUCCGACACCACUGGCACCCCUACCUGCCUCAAUGGCCUCCCUACAUCAUUGGCCCCACCCCCUUAAUCAUGGAACUCUCUCAAAUCGGCAAGGACGGACUGGCCGGCGAAAUCAACAUCCUCCUGCACUGCGAGCGGUACUCGCCCCCCGGAUUCAUGCCGUGCCAGCAACUUCGAUCCUUCACCAAGUUCAUCCGCGACUGCUUGAGUCUGCAAAACAUCCGCGACAUCACGGUGCCUGACUUCCAGACUGUGCACGAGUGCAAGACCUGGCUUGAGACAGUCACAAAAAAUGGAAGGAUGCUCUCCUUCAUGGCGCUGCACUGCCAUGUCGAGCGCCUGCGGUCCGGCGUCUCGCCGGGGACGCACGAGUUCCUGGAUGCGAUACGCGACAUGGGAUGCCAACUGGGCUGGAACGAAGGGGUAUAUUUCUCCAAGACUUCGGUGUUGCAGGAGUUUAAACAUGUGCCAAGGUAUGACUCGUCCUCGACGCCGUUUAUUAGUCUGAGAGGGAACCCGAAUCAACAGAAUCUCGUCAAUCCGGGCCAACACUUCGACUACGGCCAAGGCAAGAGCACGGAUUACUGCAUUGCGCUGAGGGCGGAUCACCCUUACCUGAACAUCAGGGUGACGCUGGCGGCGCUGAAUACCCUCAGCUUCGAGUGGCCGCAGUGGGUGGGCCCUCCGGACGCCUGGGUCAAGAGUUGGGACCCUUGCGAUGAGGAGGUGGUGGGGCCACCGAGAAGGGUACGUCUUGCCGAGAUUAGGGUCAGGAGAAAGGAUUUGUACGAUGAGUACGUGGCCUUGAAGGGACGGGUGGAUGGGUGGUUUGAAAACCACCCGGAGCCGCCGAGGACUGCGCUUGUUGCGGGAGGCAUGGGGUCGAGGUCUUGCGCUUGUCGUCAUUGCCGUUAUGUAACCUCUCAUCAGCAUCAUCAUGAUGGCGAGAGUGAGUGUGAAUGUGAUGAUGAGACGCCCAGUUCAUCGGGUAACUCUUCUCCGAGGAGGACUAGAUCGGGUUUUGAUGGGCUGCAGCCGUUCCCUAGACCGAGGCCGCUGCCGGAACCGCCCAGGCCGGGAUUCAGUAGCCUGGCAGAUGCGGAUGGAGAGAGUAUCUUGACAAAAGAGGAACUGGCAAGUGUGCGUCGGGCUGAAAGAAUGGUGGACAAGUUGGACAGGAACAUUGACAAGGGCCUCUUGGCUUUGAACCCUCUCAAACGGCGAAAGACCGGGGCCUCUGCGGAACAGGCUGAGGCAACGAAUGCCGAGGCGGAGAAUGUUGACGAGAAGGCCGCAGAGCCUGACACGAGGACCGAUGCUCAGAAGGAAAGGCAGCGCCGAAGGAACAGAAAGAAGAAGGAACAAGAAAAGGAGGCGAAGAAGAAGAAGGCCGCCAGGUCCGAAGUGGUCGCCGAAUCGAAGGCCCAGAUUUAUGAAUCCCUCAAGACCGGCGGAUUUAACCGAGAGGCAAUCAAGGAUGUGCUCAACGAGACCAUGGCAAAGAUUGGGCCGAAGUCAGGUGCUCCCGAGGACGAGUCCAGAGGUCAGGUCCUUGCGAAUAAGGACGGUCUGAGCCCAGAGGAGGAGGCUCGCUUUCGAGAUUCGGUGAAGCCUCUUUAUGCCGAACAUCUCAGGCGUAAAGAGGCAGGUGAUAGCACCAAACUUUUUGGCAAGUUUGAGAUCCCGGCCGAUAUUUCCGAAGAGGACUUCUUCGAGGCCUUCCUCAAUAAUGUCGUCGUUGUCGAGACAAACGACAAGGAUGGUUUUGCGAUUGAUUGGAAACCUGAUGCAGAAGAGGGUACUCAAAGUCAAGAGGCCUUGGUUGACAGCAAGGGUGGCAGGUGUGUUCCCGAAGAGGCGCAGCAAAGUGCUCUUGACAAUCAGCUUGGACACGCUAGCACCGAACACUCAUCUGUCAAGGAGCAGGAAGCGCCUGCAGAAGCAGUCAAGCCUCAGCCGAAAGACGUUCACUCAACAGCAGGCCCUUCCACACACGAUGUUCCGGAUCACGAUACCUCCGACGUUGCUCAACCAAAGGAACUGGACGACAUCGCCUCAGCAGAUGUCUCACAGCCUGCUGCAGAGCCAUCCACCGGUCCCGAAGCCGCUCCCGAAGCCGCUCCCACUGUCCUCCCCACUGAUAUUCCCGCUUCUCCGCGUGACACACCCAACCAUGACGCCACCUCCACCCCCAACCCGCCUCCCCUCGACAAAUCCAAAGAAGCCUCCAAAGCCAAGAAAGAGCGGCGCAAGCUCCGCAAGCGUCUCGACCGCGAGAAAGAAGAAGCCCGUCUCCGCGAACAAGCUGCCGCGCGCGAAGAACUCCGUCGCCAAGCCGAAGCUCGGCACCAAGCCGAGCUCGAUCGAAAAGUGGGCGAAGCCCAAAGGAAGCUCGACGAAGAGAAGGCCCGGCGGCUGGAGCAACAUCAGAAGGAGGAGGCUGCUCGGUUGCAGAGGCUGAAGGAAGAGGAGGCCCGUUUGCAGAAGGUCAAGGAGGAAGAGGCGAGGAGACGGGAGGAGGAGGAGGUGAGAAAGAGGGACGAGGAGCAGCGGUUGGCUGAAGAGGAGAAGAAGAGGCAAGAGGAAGAGUUGAGGAAAGAGGAGGAGAGGAAGAAAGAGGAGGAACGGAUUGCUGAGGAGAAGAAAAGGAAGUUUGAGGAGGAGGCUAGGCUGCAAGCGGAGAAGGAGUGGUAUGCUAUGCAGGAGCAGAAGAAGUUGGAGGAGGCGGUCCGGGAAGAGGAGGCUAGGCGGCUCGCGCUGGAGGCUAAGCAGAAUGCCGAACUGGAAGCCAGGCAAAAGGCUGAACUGGAAGCUAUACGGCUGGCUGAAGUUGAGGCCAAACUUAAAGCUGAAGAAGAGCGAAAAGCUGAGCAGAAGCGGAAGGCUGCCGAGGCCAAGCGCAAGGCCGACGAGGCAAAGAAGGCGGCCGAGGAGGUCAAGAAAAAGGCGGAGGAAGCUCGACAAAAGGCCGAAGAGGACACCAGGCGUAAGAAAGAGGAGGAAGCCAAGCGCAUAGCCGAGGAGAAGAAACGUCAAGCUGAAGCAAAGCGACUGGCUGAGGAGAAGCGGAAAGCCGAAGCCGCUCGCCAGGCUGAAGCUAAGCAACAGCGGCAAGCGGAACUCAAGCAACAGGUCGAAUUAGAACGCCUUGCCGAGGAGAAGCGGAAAGCUGACGAGGAGAAAGGGAAAGCCGACGAGGCCGCUCGACAAGCUGAGGCCGCUUUUCAGGGCGAACUGCAACGUCAAGCCCAUGAAGCCGAACGGAAAGCCCAUGAAGCCGCACAAAAAGCCAAAGCCGCUGUUCAGGCUGAACUUCAACAGGAUGCCAAAAAGCGCAAAGCCGCGGAAGCUAAGAAACGCGCGGCCGAGGCAAAGAAGAAGGCUGUUGAGGAAGUUGAACGUCGUCGUCAGGCUGAUUUGGAGGCUGCUGCUCGUCGAGCUCAGGAAGAGCAGCAGCGUCGGGCCAGAGAGGAGGCUGAGCGGUUGAAGAGGGAGGCGCAGGCUGUGAGGAAGGCGGAAGAGGAGGCCAUUCGGAGGGCGAUGGAGGAGGCGAGGGUUAGGCGUGAGGAGGAGGCUAGGAUUCGGCGUGAGAAGGAAGAGGCUGAACGGUUAAAAAGGGAGGCUGAGAAGCUGAAGAAGGAAGUAGAAGAGGCGAGGGAGAGGGCUGAGAGGGAAGAGGCGAGGAAGAAAGCCGCUGAAGAGGUCAAGCGCCGGAAGAAAGCUCAACGCAAGGCGGAGGCAGAGGCCAAGCGAAAGACCGAAGCUGAAGCUGCUCGGGUCAAAGCUGAGGGGGAGGAAAAGCUGCGGCAGAUGUUGGGGAUUCAGCAGGUUGACAACUCCCUUACCCUUGCUGAGCAAAAAGCCACUCCCUUUCACGAACAGCAGAUCCUCCUCCAAGAAGCCUGGCACCAAAUCGACGAGUCCCUGCUUCUCUCCCAACAGGCGCAUAACUCCCUUCUCCGCGCUCAACACCACAACUCUGAGGCAUUCCGCCAACUCGGAGAAGCCGACCUUCUUCUCUCGCUCUCGCAGGACGUCUCGCAAGACUGCCAGACCCCCCAAGAUGCUCCAAGUCUGAUCUCCGCCCGGCAUCGUUUCGACGAAGCGAUCCUCCAAGCGCAAGAGGGCUACCGUCUCCUACAGGAAGCAUGGGACUACCAUGACUCUUCAAUGCGCACCGCCGAGGAAGGCCAUCGCUUACUAGUGGAGGUUGGUCAUGAGGGCGAGCAUCAUCGGUCCGCUCAGCAAUACUCUCUGGUUGAGGCCCGCCACCACAACGAUGAGGCGUUCCGGAGAGCAGAGGAGGGCCGCCGUGGUCUUGAGGAGGCGUUUGCGAGGAUGGGAAUUUCCCUCCAGCAGUCCGAUAAGGACAUGCACCAUCCCCAUGCAGAUAACCACAGCCAAACUUCCGAGCAAGAACCCCACACCAUCCUCAUCACCACCCCUCCCACCACUCACCACCAGCUGUCCGACCCAGAAGCAGAAACAGAGGAGACCGAGACCUUAUCCUCCAGCUUUGACUCCAUGUCCACCACCACUAGCGGUGAUCUGCCAGGUAACCCAUCCGACGACCGUCCCUACGAGGAGCGCCUAGCCGCCUUCAUCAACGAUCAACUCGUUACCUAUGGCGUUUGGGACCCGGAGUCGUUUUAUGUUCGGUAUGACCCGUGCAACCCGAGAGGUCCGCGGGCGCAUGAGAUGCUAGUGGCGAGUGAGAGAGGGAGCCAUGGCGAUGCUGCCGGAAGCGAUGUAAGGGGCGUGAAGGAGGCGUGGUGGUGA